CUGGCGGGACGGCCACGUCAGUGAAGGAGUUCGUCUGACGGCCUGCACAGUCAAAGAUGGAUGCGCCGCGGGCUCUCAAGGAGUCUUGUUCUCAGGGAUGGAGGAACUGGAAUACCGUGAGAGGCUGAUGUCUGUGAUUGCUAGAAGACAAAAAUAGUAACGCCGUCUGUUGGUCUCUGUCAAAGGGACUUCAUCGUGUGCCCACACAGCAGGUCAGCUUACCCUCAUUUAUCCUGAUUACCCUGCGGUGACGUCACGAGAUCUGUCGAGGAUAACCCACUUGGAUCGCCUUACAGGAAAUGUGCGCUGGCGCUGUCCCCACCUGGCCUUCUGGGAUAUUAUUGCCUCAAGUGUGACAGAAGCAAGCUUUCAUCGUGGACACUCACCUGGCUCGCAUGACGGAGGACAGACCCGUGGACUGUCAAACUGAUCAACAGCACCUGCAGCGUCAGCAGUUGUCCUCUAUCCCCUCCAGCCCCACCCUGACCAAUCUCCCGGACACACCUGCGAUAAACAAUUAGUCUCUUUGUCGUCAAGGUAUCUUUACCAGCCGGCCUCACGGAAGCAGAAACAUUUAUAAGGUCCAGGCGAGCCCCAAACCCGCUCUCCACCAACCUCUUCCCCGAUUUGGACCAUCACCGGAAAAGUCUCGGAGCGUCUCUUCCCACGAGACUUCGGCGAGGCCGACGCGGGAAGGCGAAAACAUCGUCUGUCUUCACAAAUGAAGAAGGACCCUGUUGACAACCGACUCUUCGGGGGAAAGACUCGGACCUGGCGUGGACAGCUGUGGACGAGACAGUCGUUCUGACAGUCAGUUCCGACUUUUCUUCUCCGACCGCAGUCGCCUUGUCCCCCACCUCCCCAAACUGAUUUUUUUUUUUCAAAAUAACUCUUAUACAUCUUGAUGAUUAUAUGAUUAUUCACAACUUUUCUGCUAGCUGUCCCCUCCUUUCAUGAGCGUUGGUAUUUAGGUUAAACAAGUGAAAAACAUUGGACUCAUCGAUGACCAAGGUUUAUGACUUAUCUUGAAAGAAAUUUGUGAAGUGUUUUCAAGAAAUUGUAGUUCAUUGCUUCACGCCUUCAAACCCUCUUUUCGUUAGCCAGGAAUAUGACAGAAGAGUCUUCAAAAAUCCACAAUCGUUUUCAGUUAUACUUUUAUAAAGGUUAGUCUACAGUUUCCCUACAUCGGGGGACGAUAUGGGAGACCAUUAACAGCAAAUAGCGCAUGAACGAUCCUCCUCUUGGAAGAGUUUCAUAAUAAUCAAACUGUUUCGGAAUAUUUUGUUCAUAAACUGAAAUUUUAGGACUGUUCGUGUUAAAAACUUAUUAUCGAGAAAGAAGAGUUGAUGAGACUAUUACCUAUACUUGCUGCCUGAUUGAGCUCCUGAUGAAAACAAAUAAGUCCAAAAUAAUUUGAGUGAAUAAACAAACAACAAUUUAUUUAUCAACGCAUGUACUCUUACAAUUCAGUUGUUAUUGCAUCUCGCCUGAAGAAGUCCGCCCAGGAACUCCGGGUAUCAAGUAUCUACUUCAAUGAAGACCCGCAAGAAACAGCAUCAAUUCUUGGCGGGUGGGCGUGAAAAUGCUGGCACCUCGUGCAGGUGUAACUAUACACCCUGUCGCCCGUGUUGUAUCUGUUUUUCGUGAAAGUAAACACCGAAACUGCAAUAAUACUUUGUGGAUGUGUUGAACAGGGAAUGUUCACAAGAAUGAACAGCAUUCACAUCGUGAGCAGUAUAAAGUUUUUGUCAAAUUUAAGUCUACAUUAGUAAAUCAGACUCAUAACAAUAGAAAGUUUUCACUCUGCUCUCACCUCGGAGGGUGCUCAGUGAGUCUAUAUAUAUAUAUCUUAAGGACAGGCAGACAUGCUAUUCUUCUCAGCAUGGCGCGUGCGGUUCUUGGAGGAGACGAUUUCCGGCAACAUGUCGUUAACCAACGAUUCUUCGGUCGUCAACAUGACCAAGACCUACUCCAUCCCCGACGAUAUCUGGGGAACGCGGGUAGGGGUGUUCGGGAUCGGGGGCACGGCAGUGGCCGUCUUCGGGAUGUUCUGCAACACCAUCUCCAUCAUCGUGUUGGGUCACUUCCGGCAACGCUCGUCAGCGCCCUUCCUGCUCAUCUGCCUGGAGAUGGUGGACACACUGCUGCUCUUCUCGGAGAUGAUGCUGGAGACCCUGACGACUCUCAGCCAGGCGGGGCUGAUCCCGGACUCCUACCGCAUCUUCAUUAAGCCCAUCUAUGUCCUGCUGUAUCCUGUCCCCCACAUCGCCCAGACUGGCACCACCAUGUUGACGGUUCUCAUCACCAUCGAGCGCUACAUCGCCGUGGCCAAACCUCUUCUGGCCUCGCGCGUGUGCAGCAAGAAGUGGGCCUGGCGGGCCGUGGUGGUCACCCAGCUGUGGGCCGUCCUCUUCCAGAUUCCGCUGUACGUCGCCUACACCAACGAGCGCGUCCACGACCCGACCAACAAUGUCAGCAAGAUCGUCUUUUACCGCACCGAGUUCGGCCUGGGUCGCUUCUACAACUACUGGUUCGUCGUCUGGAUCAACUUCGUCUGCGAGUUUCUCGUCCCUUUCGUCGUCAUCGUCGUCCUGAACGUGCUGAUGAUCCGAGCGCUGCGCGCCAGCAGCUCCUUCACCCCUGCCGAGGCUUCCAAGCCUGGUAGUCGACGAUCAGCGCGCGAGGGUCGUCUCACGGCCAUGGUUAUCGCCGUCACCGUCAUCUUCUUCGUCUGCGAGCUCUUUCCCGCUCUCUCGCUCAUCCUGGUGCGAGGGAAGGACGUGUACCUCGAGUGCUCUGUGCCCUGUAACCACUUCGUCUCCGUUUCGGACACCAUGGUAAUGGUCAACUCCGCCUCCAACUUCGUGGUGUACUGCGCCAUCGGCAAGCAGUUCCGGGACAUCUUCGUCAAGAUCUUCUUCCGGGGUCGCCGACGUUCGAGACUUCCGGUGGAGAAGUACCGCCUGGCCUUCACCAACCCUUCCCACGCCUCCGCCGGUGCCAGGCUCAGCGAAAACGGACACAACAGCUUCAGCAGCAGGGGCAGCGACAGCGACCUCAAAGGUCUGAGAACAGGAGGAAGUAGGGUGCUGGACACGGACAUGCGUGUUUGUGGUGGUGGUCACCUGCGCUUCGCGGGCAUUGAUAGGAGUGACAGACGACGACGGUCGCAGCUGGUGUACAGGUUGUAAAGGUGUGUGUGUGUGUGUGUGCGUGAUGUGUGUGUGUGUGUUAGCGUGUGUGUGUGUGCUCGCGUGCGUGGUAAAUAUAUCUAGGUAUUGUCCCAAACUGAAAUUUCAAGAUAAACUGAAUAUUCUUCUGGGACAUCCAUGUUAUUCCUUUCAACAUGACCCGCGAGUUGUUUCCCUGCCCCCCAUGGGAAAGACAAUCCUGAGAACUUGUUACUAGGCAACUGGUUAGCUAAGGACAUGAAAAGUGAUCUCAACACAAGCUCUCGGUUCGUCCAAGUGUUAUAAGAUAUUAAAGAUACCCGCUAAUACGUGGUAUAUAUUGUUGUAAUAUUCGUCACUCAACUGCAAUUGACAGAAACGAGAAAAAAGUGAUUCCACGACAAAGAUAUAUUUUGGUGUAAACAGUGCUGACUGCUUAAAGAAGCUGUACUUUAUUUUAAUGAGGAAACCUUAUUAUUUUAAAUAAGCUGUACCUUAUUUCAAUGAAGGAACCUUAUUAUUUUGCUAGGACACAGUUGCUUAUUUCAUCAAUGACAAUUACUUAAGGCUUGUGAGCAAGGCAUGGAAGCAGAGCCACCGACCGCAGUAUUAAUUAAUUUAUCUAUUAAUUUAUUAUCUAUUUGCUUGCUGCAGGUGAGAACGAGAAGCGUGAGGUGCGAUAACAGAUAACAGAGACUUUGUUGGAAAUUUCUUCAUUUCUUUUUGUGCAAAGGUCAAUGUUUCAUGAAAGACAGCUUCUUGUAAUAUUUGCCUUUUACUAAAUGCUUGUGUAUACUUGUGUAUACAGUCUUCGUGUCUUCUCAUUUCCAGACGUGAAAUGUCACGUGACAGCAUUGUCCAUCCUCCUUGUCCCGGACUGCGUGUUGCCAGUGAUGUGACCAUGUUUGGCAAACUGUACAUGACAGCCACAUACCACUUUGGCAAACAAAGUCACAUAUUUGACAAUGGGUCACCCACCCAUCCACCCACACAUUUACCUCUACCCCACACGCACCCACAUUCACAUUUUGCACGAUGUUACAAUUUUCUUAAAUUACAGAUUAGAGAGAAGAUGCAAUCAACCGUAAAUUUUUUUCGAAAAAAAAGCAUUUGUGGAAAAUAUUUUUAGCGUAAUUAACUUUUAAUAAUUUAAUUAUAAUGUUUAAAGACAUCAUGUCAGACAUAUAGAUUAUACUUUCUAACAGGCAUUUAAAAAUCUCUACAUGAAAAAUCUUGAUAAAUAGGAUAAUAUUAUAGAAUAUAUUUUGAUGGGAGAAACAAUUAAACCUUUUAUGUCGUUUGCUCAGGAAUGUCUGAUGAAUCCCUAAGUGCAGCUUCCUUUGGAAAAUAGGAAUAGAAAGGUGCCUCAAAAACAAAGGUGUUCGCUAAAGACCAUGACGAGCUGUCAGUUCUCGUCUCCGCCAUUAAAGAGCUCACAGUGUCCGCUGGCUACUUGACCUUUGUGGGCCUGAGGCUAGAUUGAUGCUUGAAGAAAAGACAACAACACUCAGGCAACACAUUCAAAACAUUUCCUUGAAAUGAUAUCAAGCAAAUGUGAUGAUAUAAAACUAAGUGUGGUGCUACCGUUAGUUGUAAUUAUAUCAAGGUAGUUGUAAUAAAAUCAAGCUAGCUGUAAUGAUAUCAAGUCUGCAGGUCAAAUCACUAACGUUCAGUGCUUGCGUCACCUGACCUCUUGCUGUGGCCUGAAGCCGGGUACAACAGCCUUUCGCUGUGAAAUUAAUUGGGAGGAACAGUCGGAGAAAAAAAAAAACAAAAACAAAAAAAAAAAACAAAAAAACCAACUUUGCAUGUCUUGAUCUCCCUAGCUCGUGCACUUUAUCGGGAGGUUGUUCUUUCCACUCUGUCUUUGUCUGUGUGCUGCGUCUGAGGCACCAUGUGUGUGAAAGAGAAACAGAUUCGCGUACAGAGAUAAACAAUAGAGUGAACAAGAGUUGAGAGGUUGAGAGAGAAAAUGAGUGUGUGAAACAGAGACAAACACAAAAAAAAACCAAAAUAAAAAUACAUUGAGCUAUUUAUUUAUACAAAGAGAGAGUGAGAGGAGACAAUGUAAGAAGCCCCAAAGACAGGUAGGGCCUAAAUGUGAGAGUGUCAUGAUGUAACUCUCAGAAGAAGAAGGUAGAAAAUGUUAGCCAUCAGACCAUGGAUACGUAUAGGUGGACUGCUGUCUGUCUGCCAAGACCAACGCUUAGCCUCUUGCAAAGUUCUCCGCUGUUAGUCUUGGCGAGCCUAAACAAUGAAUGUGACUAAAC